GAAAACGAAACAGCGGAAGUUGUCAUUGCGUCGCCGGAUGUUUGGGCGACACUGCGACGAAACCAUGGGGCGAGAGUCACGGCAUUACAGGAAGCGCUCCAGCUCGAAGGGCCGGUCCGGCAGCAGGUCUAAGAGCCGGUCGCCAGACUCCAAGCGCUCUAAGAAGGAGGAGCAGACGGGAUCCCGCACCCGCGAGCGCAGCCGCAGAGAGAGGUCACGCAGGUCACGCUCCAGAGAACGCAAGAGACCGAGGCGCUCCAGGAGUCGAGACAGGAGACGCUCACGCAGCCGAGAGCGCAGGAGCCAAGGGAGGAGCAAGGAGAAGUCUGAGAACGCAGAGCUGUCCGCUGACAAGAAGAAGAUCAAGGAGGAGAAGGAGGAGGAGAAGGCUGAAGAUCAGGACUUUGACCAGAACACUCUGGAGGAGGAGAUGAGGAAGAGGAAGGAGCGAGUGGAGAAGUGGAGGGAGGAGCAGAGGAAGAAAGCCAUGGAGAACAUCGGAGAACUCAAGAAGGAGCUGGAGGAGAUGAAGCAGGGGAAGAAGUGGAGUCUGGAGGACGAUGACGGUCAGAGAGCCUUCACUCAUUCAGACAAACUAACUGAUAUGCAUCACACUGUUAGGAAAGUCUUGAGAGCUCUGAUGCCGUGUCUGUCUGUGGUGCACACCACCAAGAAGAAAGGAGAGCUGAUGGAGAAUGACCAGGACGCCAUGGAGUAUUCAUCAGAGGAAGAGGAAGUGGACUUGCAGACGGCCCUCACAGGCUUUCAGACCAAACAGAGGAAAGUUCUGGAGCCGGUUGAUCAUCAGAAGAUCGAGUACGAAUCCUUCCGCAAGAACUUCUAUGUGGAGGUGCCAGAGCUGUUUAGGAUGAGCCCUGAAGAGGUGAACGAGUACCGUCUGGAGCUGGAGGGAAUCACUGUCAAAGGCAAAGGCUGUCCGAAGCCCAUCAAGACGUGGGUGCAGUGUGGGAUAUCCAUGAAAGUGCUGAACGCAAUGAAGAAACACAACUAUGAGAAGCCGACCCCGAUCCAGGCCCAGGCCAUCCCAGCCAUCAUGUCGGGACGCGACCUCAUCGGCAUCGCUAAAACAGGAAGUGGAAAGACCAUCGCCUUCCUGCUGCCCAUGUUUCGCCACAUCUUAGACCAGCGGCCGCUGGGAGAGGCAGAAGGACCCAUCGAAUGGGCAGAGAUCAUCGUGUGCACUCCGGGACGCAUGAUCGACAUGCUCGGUGCUAACAACGGUCGCGUGACUAAUCUGCGCAGGGUCACGUAUGUGGUGAUGGACGAGGCCGACCGGAUGUUCGACAUGGGCUUUGAGCCGCAGGUGAUGCGUAUCGUGGAUAACGUGCGGCCCGACCGUCAGACCGUCAUGUUCUCGGCUACGUUCCCGCGCACGAUGGAGGCUCUGGCGCGCAGGAUCCUGUCCAAACCCAUCGAGGUGCAGGUGGGAGGCAGGAGCGUGGGGUGCUCAGACGUGGAGCAGCACGUGAUUGUGAUCGCGGAGGAGAAGAAGUUCCUGAAGCUGCUGGAGAUUCUGGGUCACUAUCAGGAGAAGGGCUCCGUCAUCAUCUUCAUGGACAAACAGGAGCACGCCGACGGCCUCCUCAAAGACCUGAUGAAGGCCUCGUACCCCUGCAUGUCUCUUCACGGAGGCAUCGAUCAGUACGACAGGGACAGCAUCAUCAAUGACUUCAAGAACGGCGCGUGUCGUCUGCUGGUGGCCACCUCGGUGGCGGCUCGAGGCCUGGAUGUCAAGCAGCUCAUCCUGGUGAUUAACUACAGCUGUCCCAACCACUAUGAGGACUACGUGCACCGCGCCGGACGCACAGGACGGGCCGGGAACAAGGGUUACGCGUACACCUUCAUCACUGAGGAACAGGCCCGGUACUCCGGAGACAUCAUCAAAGCGCUGGAGCUGUCCGGAUCGGCCGUGCCGCCGGAGCUCGAGCUGCUCUGGACCAACUUCAAAGAGCAGCAGAAAGCCGAGGGGAAGAGCAUCAAGAGCAGCAGCGGAUUCUCCGGGAAGGGCUUUAAGUUCGAUGAGACUGAGCAUGCGCUGGCUAACGAGAGGAAGAAGCUGCAGAAGGCUGCGUUAGGCCUGCAUGACUCUGAUGAUGAGGAUGCGGCUCUGGACAUCGACGAGCAGAUCGAGAGCAUGUUUAACUCUAAGAAGCGUGUGAAGGAUCUCUCUGCUCCGGGUGGCUCUGCGGGAGCCGCUGCUGUCGGUGUGAGCGGAUCUGUGACCGCUGUGUCCGGUCUGAGCGCUCCGUCCGCCGGAAACAUCCAGAAACUGGAGAUCGCCAAGAAACUGGCCCUCAAGAUCCAGGUGCAGAAGAACCUCGGCGCAGAGGCUCAGGAUGUGAUGCAGCAGGCCACAAACGCCAUCCUGCGCGGCGGGACGAUGAUCGCACCCUCCGUCUCGGCCAAGACCAUCGCGGAGCAGCAGGCGGAGAAGAUCAACGCCAAACUGAACUACACUCCGGUGGAGAAGCUGGAGGAGGAGCGGCAGGCCACCGAGGCCACGGACACCGUCAAGAGAUACGAGGAGGAGCUGGAGAUCAACGACUUCCCUCAGACGGCGAGGUGGAAGGUGACGUCGAAGGAGGCUCUUCAGCGCAUCGGCGAGUAUUCCGAGGCAGCCAUCACUAUCCGAGGAACAUAUUUCCCGCCGGGCAAAGAGCCCAAAGAGGGAGAGCGCAAGAUCUACCUGGCCAUCGAGAGUGCCAAUGAGCUGGCUGUGCAGAAGGCCAAAGCAGAAAUCACACGGCUGAUCAAAGAGGAGCUGAUCCGUCUGCAAAACUCGUACCAGCCCACCAGCAAAAGCAGAUACAAGGUUUUGUAGCCGAAGACCGAGGACAGACGAUCGCUGGCGUUUCUUUCUUAAUCCCACAAUGCUUUCUGUUAUGUGAGCUGAUCAAACACCAGAUUCACUGAUCUGGACGCUUUUACCUUAUUCUGAUUUCUUGUAGUUUGCAUCAGUCACCUUUAAUAUUUUAGAAAGUUCCAUGUAAUUGGAUAGUGAACUUCAUUUGGAAAUAAAGUGUUUUUUCCUCCA